GUUUUCGUCGUAAAAGUGCAAUUGUUUGUUAUUUAUUUUGUUUAUUAAUUGAUUUUAAUUUUAUUGAGUUAUCAAUCAAAAAUGCAAACGCAAACGUCUCUUACUCUGUUUCUGCUAAUAGCAGCAUUCAUACAUGAAGGUGCCGCCAUUUGGUGUUAUCGCUGCACCUCCGCAACGCCCGGCUGUGCCGAUAAUUUCAACUGGCGCGGCAUUGGCUUCCUGGGCGAGCAGUGCCCCGAGAGCAACGACAUCUGCGUCAAGGUCACGGAGCGCCGUGGAGCCAAGGAGACAAUAACAAGGGAUUGCCUCAGCGCACUUAACUUCCGCACCGACAUCCCAGCUGAUAAGUACGAGGGCUGUCGUCCGGCUGCCAAGGAUGUUCGCCUGGCCCACUACGUCAACCACACGAUCAAGGAACACGAUGUGAAGCGCGACUUUUUCACAGAAACAACGUUCUGUUUCUGUUUCCUCGACCAUCGUUGCAACGGAGCCAGCAGCCUGAAGACCUCAGCCAUGGCUGCUGCGGCUGCUCUCCUGCUGCUGCUCGUUGGCCUCCACUGAUUAGCACCAAAACGAAGUGUCUUAGUGCCUUAGCUUUAGUAUAACGACAGUUUAAUUUCAAGCUCGAAUCUCGUCCAGCCACAACAUUCCGUCCACUAUCGCUCUUUGUACAAUUUAAAAUUACAA